CCUCCCCAUGCUCCCCUUGCAAUCUGGUUCAAUGGUGGGCCAGGAUCAUCGUCAAUGGCUUCUGCACUGGGUGAAAACUGGUCUCUCCAUUGUCCGAAACGAUUCCAAUCCUACGCAGUUGAAUCCCUGGUCCUAGAACAACGAAGUCAAUAUGCUGUUCAUCGACCAACCAAACCAAGUUGGCUUCUCAUAUGAUACUUUGGGAAACGGAACUCUGGACGCAUUGUCAACUACAUUAUUACCUGUCAUAUCUAAUUUUUCAAUCUCUGGGUACCAAAGCAAAACGAAACAUUCUUCGUUGGCACUUCCCCAUCUCUCGAUUGGAACAACACAGAGAACUCAACUGGAAAUGCAUCUACAGCUGUCUGCAGCUUCCUACAGACCUGGCUAGAAGAGUAACUCUGCCCAAUAUUAUGCUUGGCCCUGGCUCACAAGAUUUUAGAUCCCCUCAUUGCACCUCUCACAACAACAGACUGGGAAUUUGGGGUGAGUCGUACGCGGGUCACUGGGGCAUCGGACUUGCUGCAUAUAUCCAAGACCAGAACGACAAGAUUACCACUGGGAAAUUGAGCGAUGCCGUUCCCAUCCAUCUUGACACACUCGGUAUCACCAAUGGUCGGAUGGACUUUGAUAUUCUUGCAACUUCUUACCCGGACACGGCGUACCACAACACUUAUGAUGUCCAAGCGAUCUCGGAAGAAGCGUACCUGUUGCAAGAGACAACGCCACCACAUGCUUGGAAAUGAUUCAGAAGAGCCGGGCCGUAGCAGAUAUUUAUGAUCCUGGCAAUAUGGGGAUCAAUGCUACAGAGAACAGUGCCUAUUCGGCGGCAUAUGGUUGGUGCUACCUCAACAACGAAGCUGCGUACCUGGCUUCGGGCACGAUGCGUUCGAUGUCGGCCACACAACCCCCGAUCUACCUACGUAGGAGGUGUGGUUCGACAAUUUGGCAAUUUAUCGUUCUCUCUC